GGCCAUAUUGGCGGCAGGUCCUGGACCCUGGUGGUUUCUCUUCCCGGACCCCUCCAUUCUUGGAGUCCUUUUUCCGGAAUUGUAUAUAAAGAUCAGAUAAAAGAUGUCUCGAAGAUAUGACUCCCGGACUACUAUAUUUUCUCCAGAAGGUCGUCUGUACCAAGUUGAAUAUGCCAUGGAAGCUAUUGGACAUGCAGGCACCUGUUUGGGGAUUUUAGCAAACGAUGGUGUUUUGCUUGCAGCAGAGAGACGCAACAUACACAAGCUUCUCGAUGAAGUCUUUUUCUCUGAAAAAAUUUAUAAACUCAAUGAGGACAUGGCUUGCAGCGUGGCAGGAAUAACUUCUGAUGCAAAUGUUCUGACUAACGAACUGAGGCUCAUUGCUCAAAGGUAUUUAUUACAGUAUCAGGAACCAAUUCCCUGUGAGCAGUUGGUUACAGCACUGUGUGAUAUCAAACAAGCUUAUACGCAGUUUGGAGGAAAACGACCCUUUGGUGUUUCAUUGUUGUACAUUGGCUGGGAUAAGCACUAUGGCUUUCAGCUCUAUCAGAGUGAUCCUAGCGGAAAUUAUGGAGGAUGGAAAGCCACAUGCAUUGGAAAUAAUAGCGCUGCAGCUGUGUCAAUGUUAAAGCAAGACUACAAAGAAGGAGAAAUGACUUUGAAGUCAGCACUUGCUUUAGCUAUCAAAGUUCUAAAUAAAACCAUGGAUGUUAGUAAACUUUCUGCUGAAAAAGUGGAAAUUGCCACGCUGACAAGAGAGAAUGGAAAGACGGUCAUCAGAGUUCUCAAACAGAAGGAAGUGGAGCAGUUGAUCAAAAAGCAUGAGGAAGAAGAAGCUAAAGCUGAACGAGAAAAGAAAGAAAAAGAACAGAAAGAAAAGGAUAAAUAGACAACAAAACCAGCUUUUCUAAUUCAUUAGGGAACCAUUUCAGAGUAAAAGUUGUCCUACUGUUCCACACUGAGAAAGCUUUGACUUUUUUUUAAACUUGUAUAGUGGGAAAAUAGGACAUUGCCAACUGAAUUGGGUCCUUGUUGCUGUCCAGUUGAAUACUCUUCAUGGACAUCCUAAUCAUCUUCUACCCUGUUUUUGGAAUAAAACUUGGAAAGAAUGGAAAUUGUGAAG